AUGUCUGGUGACGAUCAAACUGCGAGUACUACUACAACUCGAAGUGCAACUCGACGUAGGAUUUCACCGUACGACAUAACCUCUAGUGAUAACCCUGGUACUUUGAUCUCAAAACCGUUGCUGCGUGGUCCCAACUACGAUGAAUGGGCUACAAAUUUUCGUUUGGCGUUGAAAGCAUGGAAGAAAUUCGGAUUUGCCGACGGUUCUAUACCACAACCCGUCGCAGACUCGGAAGAUUAUGAAGAUUGGAUAGCAAACAACACACUUGUUGUUUCUUGGAUGAAACUCACGAUAGAUGAUAGCAUCUCAACCUCGAUGUCACAUGUGGAUGGUUUGCAUGAGUUGUGGACUCACAUUCAAAGACGUUUCGGCGUGAAGAAUGGACCGAGAGUGCAGCAACUCAAGACAGAACUUGCGACAUGUAGACAGACUCGGAAGAUUAUGAAGAAUGGACCGACGGUUCUAUACCACAACCCGUCGCAGACUCGGAAGAUUAUGAAGAUUGGAUAG